GGACUUCCAUUGUGCAUCCAUACCCGGCCACUGCGCCGCUCCCUCCAUCCACGAACGCGUUCCCGUCACCGUCCCACACGGCGACCAACGCACCAUGGACAGCUUAUUCGGCCGCAAGAAGGGCAGACCCCGCCAAGGGUCUGUAACUGGCGAUCUCUCCGAACGCUCUGUCCCAUACGACCGCCUGCCCUCCUCGCCCCGUGCCCCCGUGCCUGUCGCCAACACCACCCAGGGUAUACGCAGCCAGAUAUCGGCGCCCAUCACAAACCCCACCCUCACCGCCAAUGGCACAGAGCUCAACAAGUUCAGCAUGCAGCGCAACAGGGCCGAGCGCGAAAGGCUCUACGACAAUGCCGGUGUGACGCGCCCAGGCUCGCCCUCGACAUCGAUAUCCACUUCCGACUCGCACACCCUCUACUCUGAAUCCAUGUCCCCAUCCGCAUCGACAAGCAAACUCCAGAAGGGCGGGCAGACCCGUCGGCUACGCAGCAGCGAAGCGUCUUCGACGAGUUCCCCGCGCAGCCAGGUCAUGUCCGAUUUCGGGCACUUCCCGCCCUCCACGCCCGGCCAGUCCAACGCGACGCCGCGCCCCAUGUCAGGCGCGACGAGCCGGUCGGGCAACCGCGACUCCAAGUACGCGCCGUCAAUGAUCACGUCCGACUCCCACCAGUCCCACCUCUCCCACUUCUACCAUCGUCAUGGCGAUCGCGACGAGGACUUCCAGUUCCCCCGGCCAGAAAACGAUGAGGAGAUCGAGGUCAUGUUCGAGAACGUGCGGCAGGCGCGCGGCCUGGGCGAGCUCCCUGGCAUGUCGAUCGACCGCAAGUGGAUCAUGGUGUACAGCGACGCGCAGAUGCGCUGGAAGGAGAGCAAGAAGGAGGAAGAGCAAGUGCGCAAGCAGGACAAUAAUGGGCAACAGGGCCAGCAGCUAUUGCCAGAAACGCCGGAGUGGUUUAUCAAGAAGUUCUUGGAUAGGACUAUCACGGCAGACCAAGCGAGCGGGCUCCUGGUCUGCCUGCGCAAUAAAGAGAUUAGCUGGUUCGAGCACUUUAUUGAGCUACAAGGGACGUCGGUGCUUGGCCAAACCCUUGCACAUAUCAGUCGGAAGGGCGGCUCGCGGCGCGAAGCCGACAUUCAGCUGGAGUACAAGGUGGUCAUGGGAUUGAAGCAGAUCCUCAAUAACCCAGCUGCGACCCAUGAAGCCCUUACCCACGCCCAAAUCAUCAUCCAAAUCGCGUCUUCCCUUAAUUCUCCGCACCUUCCAACCCGCAAACUCGCCCUUGACCUUCUUACUUUCCUUGUUUACUGGAGUGACGGCGAACCGUUAGAACAAGUGGUCACUGCUCUCGAGACCCUGAGUACCUCAAAUAACGAGGGAAGCGGCUGCUAUGAUUUCUGGUUCAAGUCCAUGGAGCAUUCGCUCAGCGGACGCGGCAAGAUGGGCUCCCUUGUCGGCGCUAGCGAGGAGGUCCGGCGGACGAAUGGUGUUGACAGCUCUUUGAACGACUACGCUCUUUCCAAUCUAGUGCUCGUCAAUGGCAUCAUGCGCCAGACGGACGACCUCGAUCUGCGGCUGCACCAUCGGUCGCAGAUGGAGUCUGCUGGUCUGCAGCGCAUCCUCGAGCUUUGUCAGGACUUCGGCGUUCCUACCAUCGAGAAGCAGAUCCGCAUCCUGAAGAACUGCAUUGACGAGGAUGAGGCAAAGCUGCGCGAACGUCUCGACCAGGAGAUCCUCCGCGACCUCAACAACCCGAACGAUGUCUUCAACGCCAUCUUCAGCAAGACGCAGUCGAGCAAGGCUGGGCACUACUUCCUCUCCAUCAUGCAGCACUUGUUGCUCAUCCGAGAGGAGGGUCCGCCCAUGGUACAUUAUUACCAGCUCAUCGACUCCGUCGUCACGGACGUAGUGCUCAACAAGAAGCUGGCUGGCGCGGAGCAGCGUCUGGGACAUUCCGUCGACCGUAUCAUCUCGCAGUUCAACGAGGCCGACCGGUACCAGGUUAUCGAGGAGGAGGCCGCAAGGGCACGCAUGGAUGCGACCCGCCUCCGCCUUGAGCGCGAUACCCUCGCCGAGGAGAUUGCGCAGGGCCAGGAUGGCAUGGUCGGUCGCCUGAAGGAGGCGCUCUCGCACAUGGAGAACAAGCUCAACAUGUCGCGCGAGACGACGGCGCGUCUUCAGGUGCAGAAUGAGAACCAGCGCAUCGCGUACGAGGAGCGCAUCGCGCAGCUCGAGGCGCAGAUUAUGGAGCUGUUCCGUAUGCUGAAGGAGGUCGGGAAGGACGUCGAGACGAUCAUCAACGAUGCCGGACUCGUCAGCACUACCGGCGGCAUGGAUCGCAAGGCGCUCGUCGAGCAGCUCGAGCGUAACUGGCAGCGGACCAAGACCAUCGGCAUCCUGGAAGGCAGGGAUAGCUUGCCUCCCAAACGCCGGAGGCGACCCGGCCAGCAUGGCGACGACGACGAAAGCGACGAGGACGCGGACGCGACGCCAGGCAAGACAGGGUCGAAGAGAGGGAAGGGACGCAAGAAGGGCAAACGCGUCAUGGAAACCCUGGAUGAGAAUGGCCGUGUCUCGCAGUUCAUGGAUGCGGACGAUGACGAUGCGGAGGAGCAAAUUCAGCAGCAGCUUGCUGUUGGGGCCAAGAUGUACUCUCCCUCGCUCUCGAACUCUCGAAGUAUCCGUGGCUCUCCAAGGCGAACCGAAAGGCCGCCUCUCGGUCCUGGUCCCAACAGUCCGUUCAGUACAAACCAAAGACUGGGUCCAGAUGGCGUGCCCAAUGGGCAAAGGUCCUCUCCUCUCGCAGUACAUGGCGACGAAGGUAGUGACGUGGAUAGUUCGAACCGUUAUACCGGGUCUACUACCGUUACAGACGAUACCCAGCCAACGUCAGUUGGCUCUCAAGAGGAUGGACAGGGGAUCAAGGCAUCUGCCCCUGGGUCGUUCGCGGACGAGUUGGCGAAGCGCAUGCUGGCCAAGGGGCAAGCACCUCCAAUCGACGAUCCGAACUCGCCCUUCUCUUCUCAGAACGGGUCUGCUACUGGUGGACCUCCGCCCCCACCGCCUCCGCCGCCUCCACCGCCGCCUCCGCCCCCGCCCCCACCAGGACCAGGUGGGCGCAUCAAUGGGGUUGGUGGAGGUCCCGGUAGUCCGCCACCUCCCCCUCCGCCACCACCUCCUCCACCGCCUGGCUACAAAGCACCCAUCCCUUCUGGCGGUCACGGUUCCAGCUUCCCCUCCCAAAGCAACAUUUCCUCCGCUUCCGCUUCUGCGUACAGCUCGCCGCGCGCGUCCAUGUACGGGCACCACCUCAACCCUUGGAUGGCGCGGAAGGACAUGCCAAUUACGCCCAGCACGAAGAUGAAGCAGUUGCAGUGGGACAAGCUGCCCCAGACGCAAGUCGGGAGCACGGUGUGGAAUGCGGAGACGGCGGAGAAGGAGAACGAGAUGUUAAAGAAGCUGCAAUUGGACGGUGUGUGGAUGCAGAUGGAGGAGGAUUUCAAGGCGAAGCAGCUUGUGAUCAACUUGAUGGCCCGUCAGAAGCGUGCGGAACUCAAGAGUGUGCUCGAUCCUCAGACCAAGAAGCGCGUCGAAAUCCUCAUCCAGCGUGUCAAGAAACUUGCCCCCGAAGAGAUUGCACGCAAGAUUCAGCAGUUCGACCAAGAAAUGUGCACGCAACUCUUCCUCAGCGAGCUCAAGCCCGUCCUACCUUCACCCGAGCAAGUCGGCAAGCUCAACGUCUACCGCAACGCCGAGCCAGAAGAGCUUGCCGGUCUGCACCUCGCAGAUCGUCUCAUGGUCAAGCUCAUUCAGAUCGACCGCCUCGGUCCGCGUAUCGAGGGCAUGCUGUACAAGUGCACGUUCGACGAGAGUUGGGGACUGUUGCAUGACGGCGCUCGGAAACUGCACGAAGCUGGAGAGGCUCUGCUCAAUGCCCAGGCUUUCAAAGAGCUGCUCAGUCUCAUCCUGCUCAUCGGUAACUACAUGAACGGGACAGGCAACAAGGGUGGUGCCUUCGGCUUCAGGGUCAGCAGUAUCAACAAGCUCGUCGACACCAAGUCCGUCAACAACACCACUCUUCUCCACUUCUUGGAGCGCACGGUCAACAAGCAUUUCCCCGACAUGGAGUCGUUCUUGGACGAGCUCGUGAAGCCUGCCGAGGCCUACCGCGUGAACCUGCAGGACAUCCGCCGUGGUCUUUCUGAGCUCCGUGACGGCCUGAAGAGGAUACGGCAGGAACUCAGCGACCACUUCACAGACCUCGAGCCGACUGAGCUGUACGGGCGGCAGAUGUGGAGCUUCGUUGGCAAGGCCACAGACCAAGUUGCGGACCUUACGGACGAGGUUAACCUAGCCGACGCAACCUUCAAUGAGGUUGUGAAGUUCUACGGUGAAGAGGACAAGAACAUGUCUUCAUCCGAGUUCUUCGGUGUCUUCAAGACCUUCGUUACGUCGUACAAGAAAUGCAAGGCGGACAAUCAGACCAUCGCCGAAGAGCGCGCCGCUGUGGAGAAGCGCCGGCAAGCAGUGGAGGAGUCCAAGGCGAACCGUGCCAAGGCGGCAGAGGCUGCUGGCGACAACGACGUGCUGGACACGUUGUUGGAGAAGCUGCGCAACGGCGACACCGUAGGACGGCGGUCACGACGCACGCGGCCGAGCGCCAGUACUCGGGCUGCACCACCACUUCCCCUCGACCUUACAGACCUCGACGAGUCCAGUGAUGCAGCCAACAUUGCUCGCGACAUGUUGGCACAACUGGCGUCAGACGGCUUCCAGGCAGCAAUACCUGCCUCGCCUACCGUUGCAGCUGUCGAGCGACGGCGAAGGCGACGUGCCGAGCGAUCUGCAGCACGCAACGAGAGCGAGCCAAUGUCGCCGACGAGCGAACUCGAGAAUCUCCCGGAGGGAUCUGAGUAUCCUCUAUCGGAUGGGCCCGAGCACUCAAGAUCACCUACAGAAGAGGUUCCCCCUGAAUCAUAGUCUCUCCUUUACCUCUUUUUCUUUCCUUCAUGCUCCCUAAUGACCACCCACCGAUACCAGGAUCACGAUAUAUCAGUUAUUAUGUAUCCGUAUUUUCGCACUGCUCUCGGACCACGCACAGUUGCUCUACCUCAACGCCUAGCUGACCGUUCGCUAUCUUCUGUGCCAUGGAGUAAUUCUAGCUGUAGAUAGGUAGUUACAGCGUGCUGGAGAUGAAUAUUAUGUAUUCCGCAGGGAUGGCGUCACAGCCAGACGCGUCGGAAAUUUACUUGCCCUCUUCGUUCA